AACCCUCCCGGGGCGGUCCGGCCCUCAAACGAGAGCUCUGGAUUGGGGGAGCCGCAGGCCACGCCUCCUUUCCUAUUCCAACCGGUAGCUGCAGUUUUUGUGUUAGAGUUUUUAUUUUGUCUGGCCCCUCCCCUCCUCUGUCUCCCACACUCGCGCUGGGGUACCAGGGAUGCAGCUGCCUGCCACGGGCUGUGUUAGUGUUACACAAGCAUGAGGCGUGCGGGAGCAGAGCAGCCCCUCUCCACCCAAGGACACUGAGCAUGCAGAGAUUCGUGGAGGCGGAUUAUUACGACCUGGACUGGUACUAUGAGGAGAGCACGGAUGUGCUAUGUGCUGAAAGAGUGGGCCAGAUGACUAAGACAUACAAUGACAUCGAUGCUGUCACACGUCUGCUUGAAGAGAAAGAGCGGGAUUUGGAGCUGGCCGCCCGGAUUGGCCAGUCGCUCCUGAAGAAGAACCGGACGCUGACGGAGCAGAACGAGUUCCUGGAGGAACGGGUGGGGAUCGUUCGGGACGAGAUCGCGCAGCUGCGCCACGAGCUCUCCAUGAAGGAUGAGCUCCUCCAGUUCUACACCAGCACCGCGGAGGAGAGCGAGGGAGAGUCCGCCAGCUCCACCCCAUUACGGCGAAACAAAUCCAUGUCCUCUGUGCCAAAUUACUUCCCCAUGGACUCCCUGCAGAGGAAGCUCAAAGACCUGGAGGAGGAGAACAUCGUACUCAGAUCAGAAGCCUGUCACCUGAAGACCGAAACGAUCUCGUACGAGGAGAAGGAGCAUCAGCUUGUGAACGACUGCGUGAAAGAGCUCAGGCAGUCCACCCUCCAGAUCUCCUCCAUCGCGGAGGAGCUGGCCCGGAAGACGGAGGACGCUGCCCGCCAGCAGGAGGAGAUCACGCACCUCCUGUCCCAGAUUGUCGACCUUCAGAAGAAGGCCAAAUCUUAUUCGGUUGAAAACGAGGAGCUCAGCCAGCAUUUGGCGGCAGCAAAAGAUGCCCAGCGGCAGCUCACCGCUGAGCUGCUGGAGCUGGGGGAGAAGUACGCUGAGUGCGUGGAGAUGCUCCACGAGGCUCAGGAGGAGUGUAAGAACCUGAGGAACAGGGUGUUCCCCAACAGCACCCCCCGCCGCGUCCACCCCCUCGGCCUCUUCCCCCUGGACUCCCUGGCCGCAGAGAUUGAAGGCACCAUGAGGAAGGAGAUGCAGCUGAACGACCCUGAAAUGGAAGAGCAGAAGACCCACCACAAGCGCGUGUUCGAGACCGUUAAGAACAUAAACCAGACGGUGAUGCUGCGCUCGCCGGCCUCCUCGACCGCGAACAUCCCGGGUUCCAACCAGCCGUCCUCGCUGAACUCCGGCACGCCCCCGUCCAGCUGGUACGCCGGUGACCUCAGCAGCGUUGGCAUCGGCAACCGCUCCAGCGGCGUGAUCCUGGAGUCCCCCGACAGCAGCAUGGACGACUCCAAUAAGAAUCCGGGCGCUCAGAGCUCCCGGGACCUGGAGCUGGCCCUGCGGCGGCUGUCCCUGCGGCGGGAGAACUUCCUGAGCGAGCGGCGCUUCUUCGAGCGGGACCGCGGGCGCAAGCUGCGGGAGCUGUCGGAGAGCGGCGGGGGGCGGAGCGGCGCCCUCACGCCCAUCGAGAGCAUCAUGUCCCUGGGGACCCACCCCUCCGGCCUGGUGGGCUACUCCCUGGUCAGCCGCUCCUACCUGCCGGACAAGCUGCAGAUCGUCAAGCCCCUGGAAGGCUCGGCCACUCUGCACCAGUGGCAGCAGCUGGCACAGCCCAACCUGGGUGGCAUCCUGGACUCCCGGCCGGGCGUGGUGCCCAAGGGCUUCCGCCCGCUGGAGCUGGACCUGGAGGAGGUCUACCAGUUCUCCGACUUCGAGGAGGACGAGCCCGGCGAGCUGUUCUUCCAGAACCUUCCGACGUCCGGCCCCGUUCCCCCGCUCUGCCGCAGCCGCGCCUCCUCCUGCUCCUCCUCCUCCAGCAGCAUCAACAACAACAACCAUCCUGUGGCUCACGAGCCCCCAGCGCCUUAUUACCCAGGCAAAUGCAUGUCUCACACCAGCUCCACGUACACCUUCACCACCUGCCGCAUCCUGCACCCCUCUGACGAGCUGACGCGAGUCACCCCCAGCCUUAACGCGGGGCUCACAUCCUCCUGCAUCAUGAGCAGCAGCCGGAGGUCCACCCCCGCGGCCACGCCCUGCACCCCGCGCCGCCUCAGCCUGGCCGAGUCCUUCACCAACCUGCGCGACUCCACCAAGACCACCAGCACCUCCCUGGGCCUGGUGCGCCUCCUGCAGGAGAGGGGCAUCUCCGCAGCGGUGUACCACCCUCAGAGCUGGGACCGGGCCGGCAGCGGGGCCCCGCCCAGGCCCUGCCCGGCCCCCAGGGCCCCCGACGCCCCGCCCUCCACCCCGCCCAACUCUCCCACCGGCCCAGUCCCGGCCGCCGCCGCCAGAGCCGACGCCGACGCCCCCUUCGACUUCCGCGCCCCCAGCCCCCCCUACGACAACUUCCUGGCGUCCAAGCCGGCGCGCUCCAUCCUGCGCGAGGUGGCGGCGGAGUCGCGGGGGCGCGCCGACUGCGAGAGCCAGACCGACGUCAGCGUCUUCAACCUCAACCUGGUGGACAAGGUGCGGCGCUUCGGGGUGGCGGGGCCCGCCCCCGCGCUGGGGCCCCUGAGCCAGCUCAACGCCGGCAUGCGCCGCAACCGCACCUACCCGGCCAUGGUGGGGGCCAGCAUGGCCAUGAAGGACCCGGGGCCCGAGAGCGGGGAACUCAUCCUGGACUCCAAGCUGCCCAAACAGACCAGCCUCAAGUGACGGACAGGUCCCAGCCCCGCCCCCUCCCACAUCCGCGCUCUUCCAGUGACCUACCCGCGCUGUGCCUGUUACAGACACUCUUUAUACGGCUCAUUUUCUACAGAUCCACCCCUCUCCCUGUCCUGCAGUAUCCAGCACCACCGUGUAUUCUCAUCUCACGUGUCUGCUCAGGAGGCUUUGCUCUGGAGGAGCGCGUACGCGCGUGCACAGCAGCACAGGGCCUCUGAAGUAUUUCCAUGAACAUCAGAGAAGUUCGGGGUCUGAGACGCAUCCAAAUAAAGCACUUUUAUUUCCGUGGUCAGACGCGGAGGGAAUCAAGCUUUUCUCUGUUUCAUUUCCUCUCCAUCGCUCACCAUCUCCAUCUCCAUCCCUCUACAAUUCAGCCGUUCACGCGUAAAAAAUAUUACUCAUAAUGAGCGAGUCUAAUCAUGUAUGUAUUAUAUGUAUAUAUUAGAUGGGAGGUACUCGGAGUCAAGAAAAUAAAUUAUAUAAAUAAGUAUAUAAAAAUGUCCCAAUGUUUGGUGACUAGGCUUUUAUAUGGUGUGGAUAGUGCAGUGGCCCAGACAGAUGUUGUUGAGUUGACUGGUAUUCCAGGUUGUGGUGCCCUCUGCUGGGAUGGUUUGGAAUCGUUGGUUUAAAUGUCGACUGUUACAUCCUAUCGUGCGGUAAGUGGGCUGGCGUGGUGAGACUGAACCAAAGCAGUAGUGCCUGAUCAUUUCAGCAGUUCAUCAGAUGUGGAUGCAGUCUGGUCGUCUGCCAAGCACAAACCACAAGAGCGUUUGCCCUGACAGUUCUAAAGUGGCGUUACGAGGGACUCCCAUGAAUUGAUUCGACCCAGCUCUAAAUUAUAUAACGUCAUAUUAGGCUCUGUAAUUAAGCAGAAAAGCACACAUGAAGUUUGCAAGCGUUUUGCAAAAUAAUCAAACAAAAAUGAAUCGGCUGAUCCUUUCUUAUGUAUGCACUCAUCAGCGAUAACUUGAAUUUUUCUUCUGAAUGUAUUUAGUGUCAGCAGAUAUGCUCAUUGUACUGCAUUUUUAAAUUCUGCAUUUGAGUGGUUUUACCACAUUUCUCAUCCAAGGGAAGUAUGCUACUUUUGCAUCCUCAAUGGUAAGUAUGCAAUACUUUUUCAAUGACAAUAGAAGUAGAAAGGAACCAAGCAAGACUUGCGCUAUAACGCUGACAAAAAUUAUUGCAUUGUAACCUUCAGGAACUUUAAAUACUGUCCUUCAUAAGUUAUCAAUAAAGAAUAUUGAUAUGGUU